AUGGCCAAAACCGCGCGCCUCAAAACCUCCAACAAAGCACCAUCCCCCCACUCCCGCGCCUCCCGCCGCGCCCCCCCUCCCACCCUCACCCCCAACCCGCACAAAACCCCAGCACCGCCCCCGUCCCGAUCCAACACCGUGCUCGCGCCCGGCCGCGUCGCGAAGGCGAAGGGGAAAAAGGUGCUGAAGCGGAAGCAGAGGAUGCGGGUCGAGAGGGGGAAGGGGAGGGCGGAGGCUGUGGGGGAGAAGAGGGAGAGGAGGGUUGGGAUGGGGAUGGGGAUGGGGAGGGGGAGGAAUGUUGAUUGGGAUGAGUUGAAUGCGGAGAUUGCGGCGAAGAAGGGGAAGAAGGGGAAAGGGGGGAAUGAGGAUGUGGAUGUGGAUGUGGAUGUGGAUGUGGAUGUGGAUGUGGAUGGGGGAAAGGCGGGGUUGGAGAAGAAGGAGAGGGGGAAGGAUGGGAUGAAGGCUGUGGAGGAGGAGAUACUGUGA